AUGUCGGCGCGCGCGCCCUCUCCUGGUGGCGCCGUUGCUAGGGACGCCGGCUCAGUCAGCGUCCGGCGCUGCUCGACGCCAGGCGUCCCGCGCUGUCCGCGACGUCGCAGCACCGCAGUAGGCGCCGCUGCGCCCGACCCUAGCGUCGUGUUUUCAGUUCGGAUCCGCAUCUCUUCGGCCUCGCGCGUUCCGGCGCACAUCACAGCUCGGCGUCAGCGGCUCACCAGUAUGCGGCGGCGCUCGCCCCCGGACCAGAAGCGCCGCCCCCGCGACCGCCCCCGCCGCCGCCACCUCUGCCCCCGACACCGCCCCCGCCUUCUUCAGCUCCAGCGGCCGUCCCUGAGCCGCUGCUGACACUCUUCCGCG